GACGUGGACCUUCUCUCUGUCCCUCUCAGCGUCAUCCCAAACUGCCAGUUUCGCUCAAAGACGUCCAGGUUAAAAACCUUCACUGCAAACCAGCUGGAUGAGAUCAAAGAUCCUUCGGGGCUCUUCUACAUCCUCCCCUUCCAGAAGGGUUACCUGGUGAACUGGGACGUCCAGAGGAAGGUGUGGGACCACCUGUUUGGAAAGGAGAUGUUUAAGGUGGAUUUUGCAGACACGAGCGUCGUCAUCACCGAGCCCUACUUCAACUUCACCUCCAUUCAAGAGUCCAUGAACGAGAUCCUGUUUGAGGAGUACCAGUUCCAGUCGGCACUCAGGAUCAACGCCGGCUCUCUUAGUGCUCAUCACUACUUCCACACAAACCCCUCCGAGCUCUGCUGCAUGGUGGUGGACACCGGGUUCUCCUUCACCCACAUCGCCCCCUACUGCCGCAGCAGGAAAAUGAAGGAGGGCAUCCGCAGGAUCAACGUGGGAGGGAAGCUGCUGACCAAUCACCUGAAGGAGAUCAUCUCGUAUCGGUGAGUCGUUGUGACGCCGGCACCUCGGCCGGAGGAACUCUGGGCUUUUAUGGAGCUGUUCUUUUUCUCGGGUGGAAUAAUUGUGACACAGAUAAACACAGGUGUGAAUUUAUUUUCAAUUUUCUCUGAUCCACACUGUGUGUGUGUGUGUGGGUGUGUGUUAACAUCAAGCUAGAGUUCAUGCUGGUUGGUUUCCUGCCUUUAAACUAAUUUUCAGCAGGGUUGAAGUUGUAGCUUCUCUUCUGUUCUGCAGCUUCAUGCUAAGCUGCUUCAUCCAAAACCAGCUCUGAUGUGUGUUU